CCAAAAGCUGCUCCGUUUUCGUUUCAGGGUUUCCAUUUCUAGGGUUUAUCAUUUCUCUCUGAAUCUCUCUCUCUCUCUCAACAAGCUUCUGAUUUUCACUCUGAAAAUGACGAAAUUUCGGAAGCUUAAUCGACCCACCGGUCACAGAAUGUCUAUGCUCAGAACAAUGGUCUCUCAAUUGGUGAAGCACGAGCGGAUCGAAACCACUGUUGCCAAGGCGAAAGAAAUUAGGCGUCUUGCUGAUAAUAUGGUACAACUUGGAAAAGAGGGUUCUCUGUGUGCUGCAAGACGUGCUGCAGCAUUUGUACGAGGAGAUGAUGUUAUUCACAAGCUAUUUACAGAGCUGGCUUACCGAUACAAAGAUAGAGCAGGUGGAUACACAAGAGUACUUCGAACUCGUAUACGAGUUGGUGAUGCGGCUCCAAUGGCCUAUAUUGAGUUUGUCGACAGAGAAAAUGAGCUUAGGCAGUCAAAACCGCCAACCCCUCAACCACCACCAAGAGCUCCCUUAGAUCCUUGGACAAGAUCCCGGCUCACAAAGCAGUUUGCUUCCCCAAAAGAAGAAAAAGUCUCCGAGUCUGAGAUAUGAUAUAUGCAGUUGUAUGAAUCUUUUGAUUUCAUUGUUUGAUAGCCUGCAAUAUCCUCAAUUCUUCUGAUGCUGAACCUUUUUUGAGCAUUAAUCAAGUAUACCGCACUUAAAUUUUGCCUGUGUCAAUCUUAUAUUCCGCAGUCAUUGUGUGAUGUUACUAGAACAUUUAUAAGAAAGUCUCUCAAAAUAGGGAUCAAAUAUCUUGCCUCUUUUUUCUCUA